UUAUCUCGGUUUUAUAUAUAUAGUUACUAUUUGAUUAGAAAUCUGUACUUGAAAUUGUUCUCAGAAGUGAAAAUGACGGUGAAAUAGGACGUAUAUUUAACGAAAAUGUUAGGAAAAAGUUUUUAUGGACUUUUCAAAAAGGGAAGAUGUUCCGUGAUUGGAAUGAUACACGUUGGUGCAUUACCGGGGACACCUUUAUAUCGUGGCAAUGUCAAAGAAAUUUUAAAUAAUGCAGUAACGGAAGCAAUGAUUUAUAGAGAUUGUAAUGUUGAUGGUAUUUUAGUAGAAAAUAUGCAUGACAUUCCAUAUGUAACGUCUAAACAUAUAACUCCUGAGACUACAGCAAUGAUGACAAGAAUUUGUACAGAAAUUAAAAAUGUCUUGCCUGAAAAACUGCCUUGCGGUGUACAGAUUUUAGCAGGAUGUAAUAAAGAAGCAAUAGCUGUAGCAAAGGCAGCUAAUUUUCAAUUUAUCAGAGCAGAAGGGUUUGUCUUUUCUCAUAUUGCAGAUGAGGGCUUUAUAGAUGCAUGUGCUGGCUCUUUGUUAAGAUAUAGAAAACAAAUUGAUGCUGAGAAUAUUCUUGUCUUUAGUGAUAUCAAGAAAAAGCAUAGUUCACAUGCAAUCACUUCUGAUGUAAGUUUAUCAGAGACAGUAAAAGCAGCAAAAUUUUUCUUAGCUGAUGGAAUAAUACUGACAGGGACAACUACGGGUGACCCAGCUGAUGUAUCAGAGCUUGCAGAGACUAAAAAUACUACUGAAAUACCUGUCCUUAUUGGUUCUGGUGUUACAAAAGGCAAUAUAAAGAACUAUUUAUCAUCUGAUGCAGUAAUUGUUGGAUCAUAUUUUAAAGUUGGUGGGAUAUGGAGAAAUGAAGUUGAUAAAGAAAAAGUAAUUGAUUUUAUGAAAGUAUUAGAAACGUUGCAAAACGCGUAA